AUGAAGGCACUAUCACGGGUGAAGAACUUGUCAACAGUUGGAUUGACCAAAGGCUUCGCGAGUACAAUUUCAACCGCUCCCGAUACCCAUGGUAAUCUUCUGUCUUCGGAUGAAGUACUAGAACUCGCCAUCAGCGAGGAAAUCUUCACCAUACUUAAACAACGCUAUAGGUUUGCUGGCGUGAUAGAUGCCUGGGAAUAUCGCGCCUCGGCUGGAUUUGAGACACGUCACAUCGAAUAUGAUGAAGCUACUGGAGAAGUCAAAUUCAUCACUUUAAUCGUUUCUAUUCGACUCUCAACUAGCUUCGCCUCUGUUUUCGCCAUCAACCAUGAAUUCAACAGCAAGACUACUUCGAUCCUCGGAUUGCGAACUAGUCCUGGCGAUCGAGACAUUAUUCAGAAGGUCCAGGAGUCUUACAAAGAUAUGAUCGGACAACCUCUUUUCGUUCCUACUGUCUUACUCGAAGCAAGCCUAGCUGCGAACCGACGCUACGUUGAAAAGGUUCGCCGCGAAUUGGGAACGAUUGAAAGAGCAACAGGGUACCAUGGAUGGCUAGAGAUUCCUGGAACAGAAGCCCUUACACUCAAUAACGAGCUUUCAAAAAUGGCACACGCGACGAAACAACAAGUGUCAAUUUCCCUUCGUCGCCUGAGUUUCCUUCAGUGCUACCUCAAAUCCAUUCAGGAGACACAUGACCAAUUGGGACAUACAAUCAGCAGCUCUUUCACCCAGGCUGCCCGCUCUAUCAACCAGUACGAGCAAUGGCUUCAUAAUAUCGUGUUGUUACUGGCGCAGCGCGAAGCUGAUCUGGCCUACUAUGAGCGGCGGGCCGAGAAUCAGAUAACUGUGAUUCACACCCUUUUAUUUCAAAAGGAUGGCAUGCUGGCUUUAUCGGUUGCUAGACGAUCACAAGAAAUUGCCGAAGGGGCAAAGCGUGACAGCUCUGCAUUGAAGUCACUCAACAUACUUGCAUUUCUAUUUUUCCCCCCAACAUACAUAGCUACCCUAUUUGCCCUUCCUCAUUUUGCUGGGGCGCCACUGUAUACUUACUGGGUUACAGCUAUUUCACUGACACUCUCUAUUUUUGUUCCCUGGUUUUACUGGACGUUCGUCCAGCACCGCGAAAUUCCUUGUGAUGCAAUUCCGAAUAUUUCCAAAAAUAAGGAUAUGCCAUUCCACGGAAUCAUGCUAGAAGGCAGGGAGCAGCAUACCUACCGUUUUGUUUGA